AUGUACUUGAGGAUCCUAAGAAACGACGGAGAAAAGUCAAGAAGCCAAUUCCAUAUUGCAAAUGAUGAAGCCAAGAAGAAUGUGUUUCUAUCCGCGGUUGCCCAGAGGUUCCGAGACUUCAAGGCCAAGCUAGUGUCGGGGUGGAUCACGAAGCGGAGAAAAGUCGGGGGUACAAAGAAGAAGAAAAUCUACGGGAGAGCAACACAUUCUUCUUCUGAGGCUUCACAGGACACAUCAUUUGAGGCGCCCUCCAAGUUUCCAUAUCAGAUAUGGAGGCAUAUCACACCUGAGGAGUGGCAGGCAUUUGUUGCACAAAAAACAACCCCGGAAGCUGUUGCAUCUCGUGAGAAAAAUAGCGCGAAUGCAAAAGCUAGGAAGUACUAUCACCAUCUGGGUUCUCAGUCGUAUGGUCAGGCGAGAGAAUCUUGGAUGUAUAGCCAUUACCCCACGAUUGCGUCGACCACGGCAUCGGGCACUAGCUCUACGACGACAGUUGCACAGCCUCGGCAACCAGAUAGAGUGCUCGAUUGGUGGUGUUCCAUGCAUGGGGUUGAUGCAAAGGGACAUAGACGUUUCAGACAUCGUGCCCGGUUUCGAAGGUUUACCUCUUUCGCUGCCGAAUGCAGAAGUUGGUGUACACUAUGA